AUGGCAGAGAAGCAAGAGCUGCACUCACGUGCCUUCAAGGAGCUGGCACAAAAGCAAGCUCGGGAGCUCUGUGCACCGCUGACGUCACUGACAAGAGAUGAAGUCGAGCACAUUAUUAAAGAGAAGUACAAGCUCACCGACACGCGUGUCGUAACCUGUCUUGUGCCGUACCAGCUCGGAGCAAACGUUUUGCUUUCUCGACUUCCUGCUAAGAUUCGCGGCGAAGCCGUGAAGGAGCUUAAAGAAGAGGAGGCAAGGAGACAGGAGAAGGUGGCAGUGCUCCCGCAUAAAUGGAUUCAGUGGUUUGAUCCGGAUGUCUACGUGUCUGUUGGUCUCAAGUACAUUCAACGCGUCAGUCCGCUGCUGCGUCGCCGGAUUCCUAUCUUCGCCAUUUUGGGGCACGUGAAUCACGGAAAGACGGCAUUGCUCGAUUCGCUCCAGGAUUCCAAUAUAAGAGAUGAGGAGCCACACCACAUCACGCAGUCGAUUCGCGCUUUCACGGUGCCGUCGCCGAACAACGCGCAAGAUCUUUUUACGUUCAUUGACUCUCCUGGUCAUCGCAUCUUCGUGGAAACGCGUUUCCACCUUCAUCUCGUGGCCGACUUCGUUCUCCUUGUAAUUUCAGUAGUCGACGGGAUCGAAAGUCAAACGCACGAGGCAAUCAAAGUUGCACUCAACGUUGACAAGCCUGUGAUAGUGGUUCUGAACAAACUCGAUCUGCUGUCCGAUGCGUUCUCGGCGAAGAAAGCAGUGAAACGCCUAUUGUCAGAGUUGGAUAUGAUCGGCCUUAGUGUCCAGAUAAUCGAAAAAGAAAAGGACGUUGAUAAAAUCGAAGCUGAGAUACGCGCAGCACAGACAAGUAGAUGUGACAAAACAACGCUGAGUGUACGGCAUUCGCAGGCGGAGUUUUUUGCGCCAAUGAAAACGGUUGAUCCUGAUUACCAAGGCAGCAAGCGACACCCGCAGGUAAAUCUGCACCGCAAGUGCUACGGCGUCUGCGUUUCUGCGACGCAGAAGGUGCACAUACCGCUGCUGUGGCGUCUGCUACGUGUUUGCCGAGAUGGCGCUCCACCGAUGUGCCACAGCAACUCUGUCAGUUACAAGGAGAGCAACGCGGCUGUGCAGGCUGUUGUCUUGGAAUCGUCAAAACACCUCUUCGACGAAGAAGGGUUCCGCUUGAAUCGCAGCCGUCAGCGCGUUCAGCGCGCCAUCGACGCAAAGAAGCAGCGCCGCACGAACAAGUUUGAGAAGCUGAGCCCUCGAGUACGUCUCAACUCUAUGUCAAACAAUGCGAUAAACCAGAAAACGCGGCAGAACCGGACGAGCUCGACCUGCCUCGUCAUCACCGCAAUUGUCCGUGAGGGCGUUCUUAGCGAGGGCAUGCACUUCAUUGCUGAUCAAGCAGAGGGGCAAGUGCAUUAUCUUGUCGACUACUGGGGGAAUCGCAUUCACAAGGCUUACCCUGGCAUGGCUGUCACCAUCGUCGACAAGGACAGCAUAAGCGGUUGCCCUGGGGCGGGAAUCCAUGUUCUGUCCGUGACCGACCUUGCGACGCGCGUCCGCGUCCAAGCAUAUAGGCAGAUGCUGCAGUGGUACGUCGAGGUUUUCACGACGAAGCUGCACUACCUGCGUCCGAGAGGUAUGGAUGUCGCUUUUGCGCACCUUGGCGAUUACGGACAGCUGGGAAUCACGGACUCUUUAGAGUGCCAGCUGUUGUGCGGCCCGACCGCAAAAAGUCCUGAGAAUCAAACACAGCUAGGGUCGGCGCCUUCGAGGUCUCCUACUGAACAUAUUUCGAUUGGCACCUAUCUGGCGGAAAAGAAUAAGAUUUCUGAAUCCACUACCGUUCAGGUGAGCACUGCCGCUGCCUCCAUUGCGCUUCCCGAUGGCAAAACAAAGCGGUUGACGCAGGGGAUCAUGGACCGAAAUGCGGAACUGGUGGUGACGUCGUCGUGGAGCGGCAUGCAGCGAACAGAACCGUUGGCAUCGCAGAAGGAGUAUGAGCAGUUCGUCAUGCAAUGCGUGCAAGUAGGUGUGCUCAUCAAGGUGGAUUCUUGGCACACCGCCCGCAUGUUGCUCCGAGAAAUUUCACGCCUAGGGACGCGUAAGGUCUACUUUCAGGUUGUUGGUGCGCGUUUUGGGCCACUGCAAGUGGAUGACAUUCUCUUCUUUGGCCAGGCGGUGAAGGUCAUCGUGUGCUUCCGCACGCCUAUCGCUGCCUCCGCUGACCUUGACAAGUACAUCGAAUUCAACGACACAUGGGUUCUGCAAACCGAUCACUUUUCAGACGUUGUUCUGUUCAUGAAGUGGUGCGCUGUGGCGACACACAAGGAAAAGGUUACUGAAGACGCCACGGAUGCUGAUUCUGCCUUCCGACCGCAAAUUGUGGUGGACUCAACGAAGUCGGCAGGGAGCGAAGCCAAGGCAGCGAAGCCACUAGAGCGGAAGAAGAAACUACUCAUCUACAGCGACAACUCCAUUGAGGACGGAUAG